CUCAAACAUCGCCGACUCGUCCCUUUCGCCGGAGUCUGCCCACAACAAAGACCAUGCACCAUCCCUUCCGGUUCUUAUUAAGAAGCGAAACGGAAGCCACAUCGAUAUGGUGAUCAACGCAACCGUGGACGUCAACACCAAGAUCGUCGCCGGGGCUCUCCUUGACCUGAAACUCAAUCUCCACUCCGAUACCCACACCGAAAUUAAGGUCCCCGCCUCUGGCCUGAUCACCACCAAAGCCGAUGUCCUCAUCCCCGACCUGUCGAUCCGUGUCGACGCCGAGACCCGCUCUGCGAUCAAGGUUCUCGUCAGAGCUGACGUGGUGCACCUGUUUAUCACGCUCAAGGCCAAUCUAAUGACCUAUGUCCGUCUGCAUGUCGCGCUUCUGGUCCGUGAUCUGGGCGUGAACUUGUUCCUAGAGCAGGUCCAUGUUCAGGCUACGGUCGAUGCUGCAGCAGAGCUCGAUGUUCAUCUGAAUAUGUGCUCGCAUGUCAUUGUCAAAGGCUUGCGUGCCACCGUCUUGACUAAAGCUGUGGCCCUCGUCAGAGCCAUCUGCUCGGAACCGUAA